AUGGUUGUUUCUGCAAUGCUGACACCGGGUCAUUCUGGAAUGUUAAAUGCAACGUUUGUUGUCUAUGAAAAUGCCUAUGGAAAUAUCACCACUCCCUACUUCUUGGUUCGUAGUGGCACAACACAGCCACUGAAAUACCAUUUGGGUGCCAUGGUUACUACUGAGAUAACUGCUCUGACAGUCAACACUACAUCUGCCCUUCCAUUACAAGACUUCAGAAGCUUGAGCGUGCCACUCCAGAUCAUUCUUUCUGCUGCCAUGAUAUUUAUACUCCUGGUUUCUUUCCUUGGUAACCUUGUUGUCUGCCUCAUGGUCUAUCAGAAGACUGCAAUGCGAUCUGCUAUUAACAUUCUCCUAGCUAGCUUGGCUUUUGCAGACAUGCUGCUUGCUGUGCUGAACAUGCCUUUUGCUUUGAUAACUAUCAUCACUACUCGGUGGGUUUUUGGAGAUACCUUCUGUAGAGUGUCUGCCAUGUUUUUCUGGCUGUUUGUCAUUGAAGGAGUUGCCAUUCUACUUAUUAUUAGCAUUGACAGGUUCCUUAUAAUAGUUCAGAGGCAAGAUAAGCUGAAUCCUUACCGUGCAAAGGUCCUCAUCGCUGUCUCAUGGGCUACAGCUUUUGUAGUGGCUUUCCCACUCUCCGUCGGGAACCCCAGCCUGCAGACACCUUCUAAAGCCCCUCAGUGUGUGUUUGGCUACACAACGAGCCCUGGCUACCGUGCCUAUGUGAUAUUGGUGGUACUGAUUUCCUUUUUCAUUCCAUUCUUGGUGAUGUUGUAUUCUUUUAUGGGCAUCCUCAACACUGUACGGCACAAUGCAGUUCGUAUCCAUAGCCACCCAGAUAGCAUAUGCCUGAGUCAAGCCAGCAAACUUGGUCUCAUGAGCCUCCAGAGACCAUUUCAAAUGAACAUUGAUAUGAGCUUUAAAACUCGUGCCUUCACAACCAUAUUGAUUCUGUUCGUUGUCUUCAUAAUCUGCUGGGCCCCCUUCACCACCUACAGCCUUAUUGCCACAUUUAACAGCCACUUUUAUCAGAAGCACAACUUUUUUGAGAUAAGCACUUGGCUCCUUUGGCUCUGCUACCUCAAGUCUGCUCUGAACCCCUUGAUUUACUACUGGAGGAUCAAAAAAUUUCAUGAUGCAUGCUUAGACUUGAUGCCCAAGUACUUCAAGUUUUUGCCACAGCUACCUGGUCACACCAGAAGACGUAUCCGGCCUAGUGCCAUUUAUGUGUGUGGGGAGCACCGGUCAGUAGUGUAA